AUGAGGGGAGACUAUUGCAUAUCUAUUGACUUUUACUCUAAAAGGGGCAAUCUUUCCUGGCGUUGUACUUCGGUUUAUGGACCGAAUGCACGACAUCUUAAGCGCGCCUUCUUGGAAGAGAUCAAAAGUUGUUGUGGCAAUCCGGAAGUUCCAUGGGUUAUUUGUGGGGACUUUAAUAAUGCUAUUUUUCCUUGGGAUGAUAAGCGGGGUGGGAAUCCAAACUUAGUGAACUUAGCGGACAUUCAUGAGGCUACUACUUUUUUGCAAGACCUUUGUCUUCACGAGCCCCCGGCAUUCAGGAGAAGGUUUACUUGGACCAAUGGGCAAGCUAGCCCUAUUUGGGUCAAGUUAGAUCGGUUUAUUGUUAAUAGAGCGUGCUCUGAUAUUUUCCCUAAGAUGAUUCAAAAGUGCCUUCCGAGGUUAGGUUUGGAUCAUGUCCCAAUCAGGCUGGAGGGCUGUGGUGCCUUUGUUUUGGCUAAAAAACUUGCUUGGCUUCGGGAUAAACUCCGUAGAUGGUCCAAGGAGAGCUUUGGUUCCAUCAAACUUCGGAAGCUAUCGUUGUUGCAUGAAUUAGAACUGUUAGAUGUCAUUAAAAAAUCAAGAGAACUUACCUCUCUUGAAUUUCAUCAGGAGCGUACGUUGUUUGAGAAUUUAGCGGAUAUUCGGAGGCAAGAGGAAGUGUACUGGAAGCAAAGGUCCCGGUUACAUUGGCUGAAGGAAGAGGAUGAAAACACUAAGUAUUUUCACUCGGUUGCGAAUGGGAGGAAAAAUAUUAAUUUCAUCCCUUCCAUCAAAGUUGGAAACGUUGCCAUCACCACUAUUAAGGAUAUUGGUAAAAUCUUUGAACAACAAUUCAGGGCGCUUUUUGGUCAGAAAAGGACAUUUCGCUUCAAGGUAGACCUGUGCAACUUCUUGAAAGAUAAAGUGCCCGUGGAUCUGUCCCUCCUUGAGCGUCCUUUCACACGGGAGGAAGUGAAGAGGGCGGUCUUUGACCUUGGGAGCGACAAAGCUCCGGGACCUGAUGGUUUUCCUAUGCUUUUCUUCAAAACCUACUGGGAGAUUGUGAAAGGGGAGAUUUUUCAACUGUGUGAGGAUUUCUAUUCUGGUAAGACGAAUUUGGAAAGAAUUAAUUGGGCAUGUAUUGCUCUCAUACCUAAGGUCUCGAGCCCGUCUUCACCUGGGAUAUAG